CGUUCAAACGCGCGCACGCACACACACACCAUACACAUACAAUACACACACGUUCAUCAUCAAUUAUGUGGCCGUGCCGCCGACUACGGAUAAUAUUGUAGUAGUAGUGGCCGAAAUACGUAUCGCGUCGUUGUGUUUAUUGUGAAUAUCAUGUUAUGUUGUUGUUAUCGGCCGUGGUGUUAAUUGCCGUCGGUGUUUCAUUGUGCGACUGUGAUGUUGUCGCCGCUGAAUUAUUAGUGCCGCGCACAGUCAUCGAAUUACGAUUAUUAUUAUUAUUAUGUAACGGAAUCGGAUCGCCGGACACUGCUGCUGGCGUCGUGCGCGAAACGUUCAUUCAAACUAAAAUUUCAGGUGGAUAAAACGUAAUUGAAUGUAUGGUGUGUGCUGCAGACUGGAAGGCACCGUGGAUUCUAUACCACAGGGCCUAUUAGACGGCCGCCCUGCCAGUUCACUGGUUCUCACUCAUCAUCAGUAUCAACAACUACAACAUAUACAAGCACAACAAGAACAAGCGGCUGCAGGAGGAUUAACAUUAACACUUCAUCAUCAAACUACUGGUACAGGAACUAACGGUGUACUAACAGGAGGACCUCAACUAGUUCUUGCAAGUUCUCAAGGGCAAGGGAUAACAACUUUUCCUUCAGUAACUACUCAACAAGCAGCAACAUUACAUCAGCAUACUAGUAUUCAACAAGUGUUACAUCAACAUGUUCAACAUUCAAACAUUCUUCACUCAACAAGCAUACGACAGAUGGGUGCCCAACAGCAUACAUCUGGUACAAUGGUUCAACAACAACAGGCUACAGCGAUAUUGGAUACUACAAAUACUAAAUGUAUACCGCCUUCGCCUGGAUCACCAUUUUCUUCACGAUCACUUACUCCCUCUCCCCAGCAGAGAGUUAUUACACCCCAACCACAAGUUAUCCAUCAGAUGAUGAGUGCUAAUGGUCCGGUUUUACAAUUUAUACAACCAAAUAGUCGAAAUAAUGUAAAUAAUGUUCAAGUAAAAAGUAAACCGCCGCCCCAAAUAUUACCUAAACCAAUGGGUAGUAAUAAUCAUGUACAGAACCAUGCUAGUAUUAAUAGCAUAAAAUCACAACAAUCACAUCAUUCAACCUCAAUACAUAGUCAACAACAAGGUGCUUUCUUAAUAAAUCAAAUUAUGCCAACUACUGGUGUAAUAGUUGGUCCACAAACAACUGGUGGUCUUCAGCUUAUUCUCCGAUCCCCUAAUACUCAAAAUACUAAUACCCAACAAGCUCAAGUUACAUGCAAUGGUACCCAAAUAUUACUUCAACAGCCCAGACAACAGUCAAAUCAGGUUGUAAGGUUAGUAAGUGGUCAAAGUGUUCAAUUGCAACAAAUUCAAACAUGUUCUGGCCCAGCAUUAGUUGCAUUGUCUACUAAUCCUCAAUCUAACAUCACCCAAACAUCAAAUAAUAGGUCAAUGAAUAUUAAAAAAAAGAAACAGAAAAUUCAUUCAAGGCCUCAUGAUGAUGAACCUGUACGAUUAGAUUUAGCCAAUCUAAUCAAACUUUCAGGUAUUGAUGAAGAAGACUCGGGUACACCUAUAAUACAACAAACUCAAAUAAAUCAAACUAAUAGAAUUCAACAAACACCUACUCCUCCUCCACAAUCCCAUCAACAAUCUGCACCAUUAUUAGCUCAAUUACAAACUCCUACUUCUUCGUCACAGGGUGGUUUCCGUUUGUCUUUGGGAGAAGAUGGCCGCAUGAUUGUACACCAACCCCAAAUUACUGCUAAUACUCUUACUCAGAGUGUUUCAGCAAGUGUUGCUGCUGCAGCACAAACUCAAUUAGCUCAGUUAGUUGCUGAUCACGGUGGACAUAUUCUACAAAAUGCUGUUUUAAGUGUUGCUGGUGCUGAAUCUUUACUUCUGAAAGGAAGCAAUACUAUGCUACCGACUCAACCUCAAAAUGGUUCUGGGAUGCGUAUUUUGGCUGAUGUUUCUGGGCGCCUUCAAAUUGUUACUGUAUUAGAACCACCGUCAUUACAACAAAAUAUUAUUAAUGGUCAACAUUUAAUGUUUCCUACUACUGGUACUCCUGUGAGUGUUGAAAAUCGGCAAAAUCAUCAACAGUUUGUAAUGUCGACACCAGUUGAAGAUCAACAGAACAAAGUUGUACAACAAAAUAAUAGUAUUCGAGUUAUGCAUAGUAGUAGUACAAUGGUCUCAAGCUUAGAUCAUCAACAAAAUAGUAGUAUUCAGCUGGUUUCAAAUAUGUUAGAUAGUCGAUUAUUAGUGGCAGCAAAUAAUGAUUCUUCAAGAAAUAACGAUAUAGUAUAUAAUGAAGAACAAAACCGAUUACAAAUAGUAACUAAUUCUUCUACUUUAAAUAAAAAUGUAGAAUUACAGAAUCAGUCUCCAAUAAUUCAUACUUCUGAAAGAGUAAUGCAAACUUCAAUAUCAAGGUCUAAAACCGUGCCAGUAUCUUCCCAUAGUCCUAGAAGUAUUCAAUCUGUGAUAAGUCCUCAAUGUAGUCCAGCUAUGUCUCAUAGCUCUAGAAGUAAUUCAAAAAGUCCUGCCUCCUUUAAUUCUCCUGUACCUUCACCGAAUGUUUCCCAGUCAUUUACACCCAUGUUGCCUAAUAGGCCUAACUUAACCAUUGUAACUUCACCUCAACAAAGCAAUAUGCAAUUCUCAAAACCAUGUGCUGCCAUCAUAUCACAAUCAAAUGAUAAUCAUAUGACAUUAUCUAACUACCAGACUUCUGUAAUUAAUAGGACAAAUAAUAGGAGUCCUGUUGCUAUUUCCUCAAAAAUAUUCAGGCCAAACAGUCCACCUAAAGCUUCUGUUCCAGUAGAAGUUCAAUCUCAAAAUGCAUUUUUAGAUAGUAUAGCCCAAUCUCAUCCAAAUAUAUUAAUCAAUAAAACUAUGGUUGUUCCACCAUGUGCUAAUAAAGCACCUAUUAAACCAAGAAAAGUAAAACGAGCUGCUGUUGUAAAACCAAUGGUAUUUCAAUGUGAUGAAAAAGAAAAAGAACUUCAUGAUACACCAGUUCCUUUAAACUCGCCAGAAAGUAGUAUUUCAAAUCAAAGGGUUAAAACUAUACAACUUACACCACAAAAACAACAGCUGUUAAAAGCAGUUCAAAAUCAAAUUUCUGCAUUGAGUGCUAAAAAAUUUCGUACAAGUAGUGAAACAACUGCUUUGCAGAGAUUGUUUAACGAACAGCAGAAAAUUUUACAAUGUGGAAAAAUUGUUCCUACGCUUUCUGGACAAAAUUCACAAGGCAUUACCUAUGUAUCUACACCUGUAAGAUUAGUGCCUCCUCCUUGUCCUAUGACAUUAAGUCCUCCCCAUACUAUUUCACCUCCUCUUCCUGUACAAACAUCAAUAGCUGCAUCACCUCCAACCAGCAAUAAAGCAACAUCUCCUUUACAUGUUCAAGUGGGAACGCAAACAUCAUGUGAACCUUCCCCAACUCUUCCUGCAUUUAGUGCUUCAAAACGAAUAUCAUUGAUUUCUGAACGAAUAGCAGCAGAUCAAUUAGGUGCAACUAAUCCUGAUGUUGUCUCUCCAUUUAGUUCAGCCAGUGAUGCUGUAAAACGAUUAUCACGUUAUCAUUGUUUAAAUGAUGCUGUACUAUCAGAGAGAGAUUUAGAGUUGGCUGAUGAAAUAUUUGAAUCUACUGCCAAACAUUUGUUAGAUAAAAAAGCAUCAUUAUUUAACAAAUAUCGUUACCUAUUAUUUAAAGAAAGUAUGAGAGAAGUACAAACGUCUGAAUUGAUUAUGUUGGGGCGAUUAUUUGAUGCUGAUGAAUCUGCACAAUUACAGCAAUUAAAACAAAAUGUUAAUACAAAUUCAAUUAAUACAUCAACAAGUUGUAGUGAUGAACCAAUAUCUAGAAAACGUGAACAUCAAUCUGAAGAUGAUCAGACUAUAUCAGAAAACAAACGCCAUUGCCCUGAUGAUGAAGAAAUCAAUGCACAGGUGCAAAACGCCAUAGACAGUAUUUUGAAUUUGCAACGCAGUGAUCCGGCAACGGAUGAAGCGGUGCGCAGCAUUUUACCGUCCUAGCAUAUUGGUCCUAGGAAAUUUUUGACCACAGCAUGAACAUUAAAAUAUUGGUUCCUCCGUGUAUGGAUUUCCUAAAAGCGAUUAUGGUAAUAUUUGACUGUGUUAAUAUUAAUUUAAUUUUUUUCCUUUCUUUUUAUAUUAAUGUUUAUUUUCUUUUUAAUAUCUUACAUUUAACUAAAAAAAUGUUUAAGAAAGAAAUAUGUUAAGGUAGAAAUUUAAGAUAAUGUGAGGAUGGGCUUCAACAAUUUUAUAAAUCGAGUUUGGAAACUGAUUACUCUUCUACUGACAAUUACAAUGUUACCAAAUCAAAAUAACUAAGAAAUUUCUUUAUCUAGUCUACUCAAACAAUUCACAUCACUUGUUGUUAUUAGUUUAUUUUUAUAUAGGUUUGAAGAUAAUUACAUUAAAUUUAGAACAAAUUUAAGUGAAUAAA